AGAAGUUUGGUCCCUAUUUAUGGCUUCCUGAGACCCCCCAUAAGGAUCAGCAUUAACGCUAUUAUACAAGUAGCGUUCUGCUGGAUGCGUUCCUCACCUCUGCUCCCGCUGCUCUGCCUGUGCACCCUCUGUCAUCUACAGAGUGUUGAAGGAAAGGUUCUGGAGAAAACAGUUGAAGAUUGGAUGCGAUAUAGAGAAGAUUGCUACCAAUUGAUGGCAACCACACCACACCCUCUGGAGCUGCACUGCAAUCGUACUUUUGACAUGUAUGCCUGCUGGCCAGACGGAACACCCGGGACUAUCACAAGUGUAACCUGUCCCUAUUAUCUUCCUUGGUUCCAGAAAGUGAGGAAUGGGCUGGUAACAAGACGCUGUGGUCUAGAUGGCCAGUGGGAGAUGACCAAUGGAACCGAACCUUGGAGGAACUCAACACAAUGCGAUUAUGAGAUGGAGGUGAUAAGAAAUAAGGAGGUGACAAAGGACAUGUUAUUCAGUUUUAAAGUACUGUACACUGUUGGGUACUCAGUGUCUCUGUUCGCCCUCCUUUUAUCUUUGGCGAUCCUCACUAUGUUUAGGAAGUUGCGCUGUACGCGGAAUUACAUCCACAUCAACCUAUUCUUCUCCUUUGUACUGCGUGCUGUCUCGGUCAUCGUGAAGGAUGUUUUGCAGGAGAAGAAGAUGGGGUAUGCAAAUCAAUGAUAUGUCUGACUGGGAGUUCCUGGUCAGCAACAAGGCUGCUAUUGGAUGUCGUGCGGCACAAGUAAUAAUGCAGUACUGUAUACUGGCCAAUCACUAUUGGUUUGUGGUGGAGGCAGUCUACCUAUAUAAACUGCUGAUUGGUGCUGUAUUUUCCGAGAAGAACAAUUAUACCUUUUACCUGUGCCUUGGAUGGGGGACUCCGGUGUUGUUUUGUUGUUCCGUGGAUGACACUGAAAUAUCUGAAGGAGAACAAAGAAUGUUGGGGCUUUAAUGACAACCUGGCAUAUUGGUGGAUAAUUCGUGUCCCCAUCCUGCUGGCUUCUGUGUUCAACUUUCUGAUCUUUAUAAGGAUCCUGAAGAUGAUAUUAUCAAAACUGAGAGCCAAUCAGAAAGGAUAUGCUGACUACAAGCUAAGAUUGGCCAAGGCUACUCUGACACUAAUUCCUCUUUUUGGGAUUCAUGAAGUUGUGUUCAUCUUUGCCACAGAUGAGCAAACAACAGGAACUCUGCGAUAUGCCAAAAUCUUCUUCAACCUUUCUUUCAGCUCUUUCCAGGGUUUUCUGGUCUCUGUGCUGUACUGCUUUGCCAAUAAAGAGGUCAGGUAUGAGAUACAAAAAAAAUGGCAGAUGUGGAAACUGAACAGGCCAUCCUUUUGCCUUCAAUGA